CCACAUUUGCUUUUGCUUUCAAUGAUUCUCAAUGGUCUGGGACGGAGCAGAAACGCCAUACCGUAGUUCAAUCUCUCCAGAUAUAGGUGGAAGUUUGUGUCACCAUAACCGUACUUCCCUUCGCUCUGAACGCCCAGCAGUGCCUAAAACCACGAUGCGGUUGUUUCUGUUCUUCGCCUUUAUGAUCUACGCAGGAAAGCGUGCACAUGGCUGUGAAAUUAAGUUCACUCCCCCGAUGGUUUAUGUGGUAUUUGGAGGUUCUACGUCAGCCAACUGCAGGACAACAUGCAACAAUACGGACGGGAUUGGCUGGGAGUCUUCAUUUGGAGGAACUGGUCUUAUGGAGGGACUCUCCACUUUAGAUGUGAACCUUGUCAAGGUUAACGACUGGAAUACUGAACCAAAAUGUUAUACUAUCUAUUCUGAUGGUACCCAGGAUAUUUUAGUGCUACCAAUUACUAUUUACAAAAUGCCAAAGAAGGUAUUUAUGCCAAAGCCUCCGACUCUGAUGGUCGAUAGUAAAUAUCAUCUCUUACAGUGCUCAGUUUUUGAUGUUGCACCAGUAAACAGGCUUGUCAUAUCCUGGCACAAAGGAGAUGAAAUGGUCCAUGAGCAGAAGUUUGAAGGUACCGAUCGACGUCCAGUCAAUAAGUCUGUUGAAGCAACAGUAGACAUUGUUGCAGAGGAUAACGGAAAGAAGGUCUGGUGUGAAGCAAAGCUAGACUUACCAGCAGAACAAAGUCCUCAGCCGAUGCGAUCAGAGUUGCAUGAAUUAACAGUUUACUAUCCACCAACUUUCACUGAGCCUAAAAAUGAGACCCUGGAAAAUGUUGUUGGUACAAAAAUAUCUUUGAACUGCACGGCUACAGGAAACCCUACUCCAGUUUACAAGUGGAACUCUGCAGACUCUACACUAAAGGGGAUGCAGGGGCAAAAUGCUACUGGGUCGAUUUUUACUUUGGAAUUUAGGACUCCAGUAGUCUACAAAUGUGUAGCCUCUAAUGCUGCUGGUGAAAGAACCAAAUAUUUCCAUCUCGACAAACCUGAAGGGAAUUAUACCACCAUGGCAGUCCUGUUGGGAGUAUUUCUGACUCUGGGAGCUGUGAUCAUCAUCAUUGGUGCCAUUUUUGUGACAAGAAAUGGAUUGUGUACUAUCCCAAGAAAUAUCUAUUAACCUCCUCCCUCCAGUUCAAAAGAAAUCUGACUUUUGCAUAAUUUAAUGUUGGAUGACUUUACUGUAAGAUUUUGUCCUUGGUGAAACAUUAGUUCAUUUUAGAACUGAGUGCUUUUAUUUUUGGUGCAUGUUCAGGGUCUGUUUGUACAUGCUUGGCUCUGUAGUUUUAGAAAUGCUGAAUUUGUCUUCUGCUUUUAAGAUUGCCAAGUUAUUAUGACUGUAGAAACAAACUUCCUUUUCUGGUUGCACUAAGGGUUUAACUGUGUUUCUUAACUUUAAUAAAGCUCCACAAUCACAAGCUUAGUACAGAAUUGUGGCAAACUUACUUCAGGAAAUUAUGGACAUUCAAAGUCUUCUCUGGGAUCAGUUUUUCUUUUCAAUUAACCCAUUUGUAUUUCAGGUUGCAAUAGCCAUAUUGUGUUAAAGUGUUACUUUGGCUUUUUGUGUUGCAUUACUGCCCAUUUGACACAAGACUGGUUCUCAGAUGCAUGUUGUCAUGUUCGCUGGUAUAAAAAGGUGUUGCAUGCUUCCAACACUGAGCCAAAGCUAAAAGCACAGUACUUUUUUCAUCUCCCAAAAGUCAAACACCUUCUAUUACUAUUAAAAUGUUAGCUUUUAUGAAAAUAUUCUGUGAAGAUUGUAAAGUGGUAAAGUGCUCUAAGUUGAAGCUCCAGCAUCGAGGAAGUUGCUAUUUCGAGGAAAUACUGAGGAAACAAGUUUACCCAUCAUGAUGUCGCAAGCUGAAAUGUCUCAACCUGCUAAUAAAGUUUUCUCAACUUUUCAAGUGUUGGUGGAAUUUUCACCUCACCAGGUCUUUAUCCCUUUUCAUGCACCUUGCAGUUUCACUAGAAACUUUAGUAUCUAUAAUUCUCCAGCCCAAUUUUCUGAACACGUUAAAGCACAAUUUGGAACAUAUAGUAUCUUUCACUCAUCUGCAACAACCUCUUUUGGACCAGCUCUGGGUAACUUCUUCCUUUAGCUUAUCAUAUUGACUGUCCUACAUUUUUUGCUAAUUAAUUGACUUAAAUGUCAAUUAAUGAAUGUGUGGCUUUUUGAGUUUCUGUGAGGCUGCCGUUCACGGCAUAGGCACUUCCCCUUUUUUGUUUUUGUUCAAAUACAUUAUAACAUUGUUACUUGAAGUUUGCUUGCUUGUUGUGCUGUUAAAAGCAAUUGUUUGCACUUUUCAAAGACCAUUUUUAAUGAACAUGCAACAAUAUGUUACGAUUUCAUCCCUAUCACAAGCACAGAGGUUGUUUUUUUUAACUCAAGCCCUGACUAAAAGAUGGUUUGAAAAUGGAUAAAGCAAGCUAAGAUUAACUUUUUAAUAUGACUUUCACAAAGCCCCAUCCUCAAUUCUGUAAAAAAUAUCUAGCCUAUGCUGUAAAACCAUCUCUGGGAAACAACCAGAUUAAAUUAUCUUCACCCGCUGAGAAGAGUGCAAAAUUUGUAGAAGGAACCUGAUUGGUUCAAAAUGUGUGUGGCUGAGGUGCAGCUUAGUUUUUUUUUUGUUUGUUGUUUUUCUCUUCUUUUUUUUCCAGCUCCAACCAAACCAACUGUCUUCUCUUUGAUUUGGACAUGAUUGUGGUUGUUAAUCUAUGAUUUCAGACUCAUUUUAGAGCGAAACUUGUGUAACCUUUCAUCAAAAAUCUGAGAAUUUCCAAGUUGGAUGUUUAUUGUAUUAUAUUUUAGCCUUGACUUGUUAAAUUUAUGUAUUUUCAUUUAAGUGUAGUGGGUCAAAUUUAAGGAUUUCUUCUUUGUUUUUAUUUGUAAAUUUUGUUUGGACGCUAUCUAACAAAUCUCCAGUAAUGUUACUCAGCACAACUCCAUGCAGUGUAAUUGUUUUUAUUCAUUUUUGGAACAUGUACAAAUUGUGAGGUUCUGCGAUUUACGUUUUUCAUUUUGAUGUUUGCUGUGUUGCGCCUUGAUAAUAUUUUGCACUGAGUAAACCUGCAAACCAUGCAAUAUCCUAUUAUAUACUAACAUGUUUUAUUAUGAAACAACAAACCGAUAAAAGAAAAAUAUUUUUUUGUGAAAUCUAAGUUACGGUAAUUAAAACAGUUUGGUUUUUAUCAGUGUUCUUUUACAUCAACUAAAUUAAAAGGUUGAAAUAUUUUGUCGUCACUUGUGAAUAGCUUCAAGUAGAACAGAUUCAACAAAUGUUUCCUUUCUCCACUUUGUCAGUCCUUACCUCGCUCUAUCUGCCUUAUAUAAUUAAGCACUGAGUCAAAUGUCAGGAUAACAUAGAGGGGUUUGUGUAGUUCUGUUUUCAACUGGUACAAUAAAGCUUUUCUAUUAUCAUUACUAUUGUCUUAAAACUGACUUAUUUUUCUUCUGUCAUUUCCAACAGACUUAGCUGAAAAAGGGAGUCAAUUGUUUUUGUAUUUUCUGUGUUGCUAUAACAACCUGCCAAGUGGGCUUCCCCACUGAUGGAGUUCAAAGAUAAAAGCUUUACUAUCAGAAUAUUUAUCCUGCGAACUUGUUGGGGCAUAUUUAAAGCUAUGAGUAAUGUGAGAAUACACACAAGUAGUCUGCAGGCGUCCAAAUUGCGGCGCGGGGCCCAUUAGAGGCACUCUGUAUGAUUUUAUGUGCCGCUCAACCAUAGUUCAAGAAUGACAUAACUUUAGUUUGCAAAAUCAUUUGAUUGGUGCAGAUACAAAUGUGUCGGGGUACAAUUCUCACUGAUUAGGAUAUUCUACAGUUUUUUGUUGAUGUAAACAUUAAAAUAAAUGUGUUUUCACAAUUUUUGCAAAAAUAAAUAAAUAAAUAAAAUUUUGUGGCUCUUCAAAAUACUUCCAAUUUAACAUUCUGGCCCUUUCAGUUAUACAAAUAAAAAUGAGGUGUGAUGGAAAUGUUGAUACUAUAGCUUUAUUGUACCAUUUGUUUCCUGUUAUAUCUGCUGUGUUUUUGUACUCCUGCAAAAUGUGUUUUUCUGUUAAAGAAGUUUCCAGACUUCAGGCGCAGGCGCUUCUGAAGCUGUGACAACAUAAGAGAACUGAAAUAUCCUGUGCAAAAUACAUGUCCUUGCAGUUGCCAUAUAUGGAAUGCAUUUCCUGUACUUGCCUGUGCUGUUGAAUUAUCACUGUGAAGACACAUCUAUGCUCUGAAGAGAAUAAAUAUUUAAGGUCUGGAAGCUCUCGUUGGAGGAAGCCUGCUAAGAACAGCUAAGUCUGACACUCUUCUCCCCUUUUGCAAAAGACAAGCAUUUGUGUCCUUCUGAUCUUUUCAAAGUUCAUUUGAAGAAUAAACCUAACGAGGUGUCCCUCCAGUGUCCGGGCCUUGGGAGGGAAGACGUCUCUAAUCUUCAUCCACAGCGGCUCAUCGUCUCUGACGGCUGUUACCAGCGCCAGAUCUUCUACCGGGGUCUGAGCGCCAAUGAUUAUUAUUUGUCCAAUAAACUAUCAAAUAGC